GGAAACGAAGGCGUCACGUGGUCAAAGCGUCGAUGCCUUCUUUCAUCGGUUUAUCGUUCCACCCUGUGCAACCAAGUUGGACGCGGUGAAGACGUACAUGCGCAUGCGUCACGUACCGGAGCACCUACAGAACAAGGUGAUCCGGUGGUUCGACUACCUCUGGCUGACGCAGAAGUGCUCGGACGAGGAGCGCUCGGUGGGCUGCCUUCCCGACAAGCUCAAGGCUGAGAUCGCCAUCCACGUUCACUUAGACACGCUCAAGCGCGUUGAGAUCUUCCAGAACACCGAGGCAGGCUUCCUCUGCGAGCUAGUACUCCGACUGAGACCCGUCCUCUUCAGCCCUGGCGACUACAUCUGCAGGAAAGGUGAAGUGGGCAAGGAGAUGUACAUCGUGAACCGCGGCCGGCUCCAAGUGGUCACGGACAACGGCAAGACGGUGCUGGCGACGCUGCGCGCGGGCUCUUACUUCGGCGAGAUCUCCAUCCUCAACAUGGGAACGGCCGGCAACCGCCGCACGGCUUCGGUGCGCUCCGUCGGCUACUCGGACCUCUUCUGCCUCUACAAGCAGGACAUGUGGGACGUGCUCAAGGACUACCCCGCCGCCCGGGUGCGUCUAGAAGCGAUCGCCGUCAAGCGGCUGGAGAAGUACAAGCGAGAGCCGAUGCGCAAAAGUAGGUUCCUCGCGGGCUCUGUUCUCCAGCUGGACGCGCCCGCCUCGCCCCUCCUCCUCUCCUCGUCGACGCUGGCCCAGCGACUACAACAACCUUCUUCUUCCUCCGCUUCGCGACCCCCGGCCGCGCGCUACGCGGCCCCCUCGACGAUGAGGGGAGCCCCCUCGUACGCUUCUGAGGCCGGCCUCGCCGACAAUCUGGGCGCGCUCGACAGAGUGUCCCUGGGCAGGAGCCGGAGCACCCCGGGUCUGGUCGAGUCUAGAGGCAAGCUGCCCUUGGAAGAGGUGACUCCGGGCGCCCCCUCCAAGGAGGCCUCCUCCUCAGUCGCCGCCCUCCUCCAGCCUUCCUCGGCCCCUCCGGCGGCCGAAAGCCCCCUCAGCAGCAGCCGAUCAAACGGCGCCGGCGCCGUACCUUACGACCAACGCCAUCCCCCUAAGCAACACCAGCAGCAACCGCCUCCGCCGCCGUCCGCCGCAUCCUCGGCGGAGCCAAGGCGGCUGGCGCCCAUGACGGUGACGACCACACCAGCGUCGCCGUACCGCCAGCCGCUGCCGCCGCCAUCUCCAGGCAUAGGCUACGCGGCGGCCGACCUGUCCAGCAACGCGAGCCCGGCCGGCACUUCACCCGCGUCCACGGCACAGCUGAUGGUGCCCAGCCCACUGCUGUGCGGCGGCGUGAUGGGCAGUGGUGGCGGCAUGAACCCCCUUUCAGUCCGGGACGCGUCCCAAGAGGCCCUGCUUGCCGAGAUCAAGAGACUGCGUGAGCGGCUGGUCACUCUCGAGGCUGAGAACGCCACCAUGAGCGUCAAGCUGAGCCAGCAGCAGUGGGAGGUCGAGAGUCGGCUCGCUGAGAUCGAGCUGCAGAUAUGCGGCGCGGCGAGCCCCGAGAGCAGUGGAUGCUCCUCGGACGAGCAGGAGCGAAACCGCGAGUCCAUCAUCUGACAUCGUCCACUGCUCGUCUCCCUUUGCUUAUUCGGGGACCGCUGGCUCCUUGGCGGGUUCCAGUUCUUUGCUGCUGCGGCCACGAAGCACGCCGCCCCUUGGACGUCGACGUGGGGAACUCUUUGGCAGCGGCAGGUGCCGCACGCCUGGACGUUGGGCACCUACUUCAUACCGGCGGUUGGUGCACGCUCAUACAAAAGCUGUGCAGCAGUGUGAAAGAGACUGCGUCCCUUAGCACAAAUAAAAGCCCACCAUCUCCAGUCGACACCAGCCGGUCUCGCCGAAGGUGUAAAUAAAGUAUUGCCACUCCCAGCAAAGUCACUACACGCCUGCAUGCGACCGCCCGGCGAGGUUACAUCCACCCGGAAGGCAUUGUGCGCGUGAACGCAAGACUACGAGGACACAAAUACGUGCGCACAUGCGUUCGGAGAAGCGGAAACAAGUGACUGUGCAAAGAGCACAGACUGACGCUCUGAGACACACACACACACAAAAUAACGGCACUCUUGUGUUUCUUAUUUCUUUGUUGUCACACUUUCGUUUCCCUUUGUUUCUUUGGUCAAAUGAACACGAGGAACAUAAUGUCCUUUGCUACUUCUCCUCCUUGUACUUUUCUUUCUUAACGAUAUUCUUUUAUCUCGAUCUAAGCCGCACUAGCACUAUCGACCAAUGGAAGACUGCGACAACAAACUCAACCUACCAAGAGCAUCUUUGAAAUGCUUUGUGCUCCUUCGAAAGUGCGUGUGUUGUGGUGCGUUUGAAGCACAUGGCAACUGGGAUGUCGAAUUACUUCUCUGUAACUUUCCUCCCAUUUUCUUAUUUUUUAUUCCGCACGACGAGAAUUUGUGCGGUUGAGUGCUGCUAAAUAGUAAUAAUGACAACGGUGUGUACCCUCACUCAUUCUCGCGCACGCCUGUGGCGUGACGUCGACAAUUAUGAGAAUUGUUUAAAAUUUUCGUGGAGCAUGUUGUAUAGGCUUGCACAAAAACAGUGAAUGUGAUCGUGUUGGCAGAAAAAAGUAGUCUAGUCUUAGUUGAGUAUCUCUUCUGUGAUUGUUGUUGCCAAAAACGUACAACAGAAAACAUAGGUAUUGUUCUAAUGAAGGCUUAAGACUCUGGUUGUGACGAUGUCACUCGUUGCUGUGAGGAUAAAAAAAAAAAAGGUCAUAAG